AAAGCAGGGGCAGAAAAAAACAAAACAAAACAUGUAGGGCAGUGAACGGUGAACUAGGCCCAGGAGAUGCUGAGACUGUGUAACAAAGACAUUUUAUCAAACACCUUUGAGUAUCCAUCUGACAUCCCCCCUCCUUCCUUACUUCUUCUCGGGUUCAGCAUGCUGGACAGCAGUAACCCUCCUCAGUGGAGCAAAGACCUUGGAGGAGAACAGCUACAGCAGAAAGUCUCUCAGUUGCAGCAUCAGCUGGAUGCUGAGCUGGAGGAGAAGAGAGAAGUCUUACUUCAGCUGUCCAGAGUGACAGCUCAAAACAAGGAUCUGAAGCUUGAAGUCACCAACCUGCUUGAGAAACAGAAGCAGGAAGUAGAGAUCCUCCAAAAUAAAGACACAAUUUCUCAAUCUACCGACGGGCAAGCUGAGCCAGCCACUCCCCCGGCUCUAUUCCUGGAGGCCACUCAGAUAGAGCUCUGUGAACAAAAAAAACAAGAAGAAAAGAAACUGUCCCAUUUGUUGAGUGAGUUGCAAAUAUCCUAUGCAGAGACCACAUUGGAACUAGAAAAGACCCGAGACAUGCUUAUUCUGCAGCGCAAAAUCAACGUGUGUUAUCAGGAGGAACUGGAUGCAAUGAUGACAAAAGCCGAUAAUGAGAAUCAAGAUCACAAUGAAAAAAUGGAGAGGCUGAACAGACUCCUAGACCUCAAGAACAAUCGUAUCAAGCAGCUGGAAGGUAUUUUAAGAAGCCAUGGCCUCCCACUAUCUGCACAGCUCAAAGAUGUGGCUUAUGGUACCCGACAGAUGUCGUUAUAUCUGGAAACACUGCCAGCCCAUAGAGAUGAGGAUAAAGUGAACAUUUCUCUGUUGCAUCCAAGUGAGAAUCUGUUGGAACUGCACAUUCACCAGGCCUUCCUGACAUCUGCUGCUCUGGCUCAGGCUGAAGACACGCAACCUACCACUUUCUGCACCUAUUCCUUCUAUGAUUUUGAAACCCACUGUACCCCACUAGCUGUGGGGCCACACCCGCUUUAUGACUUCACCUCCCAGUAUGUGGUAGAGACAGAUUCCCUUUUCUUGCACUACCUUCAAGGGGCUUCAGCCCAGCUUGAGCUUCACCAGGCUCUAGCCAGCGAGCACCACACCCUUGCAGCUGGAUGGAUUUGCUUUGACAGGGUGCUGGAGACCGUGGAGAGAGUCCAUGGCUCUGCCACACUUACUGGAGCUGGUGGAGAAGACUUUGGGGUGCUAGAAUACUGGAUGAGGCUGCACUUCCCCAUAAGAUCCAGCCUACAGGCAUGCAAUAAGCGAAAAAAAGCUCAGGCCUACCUGUCAGCCAAUGUACUUGGAGCCUGGAGGGCCCAGGAGGAUGAGGUUGCCCUUUUCCUCCAUCCAAGAGCAACAUCUCUCCAGUCCAGAUCAGAGACUUGGAAGCAUCAGAAUGAGCUGCAGGUGGAAAUCACCAGAUGCUGUGGCCUCCAGAGUCGAUGGCUGGGAACCCAACCCAGUCCGUAUGCCAUGUACCGUUUCUUCACCUUUCCUGACCACGACACGGCCAUCAUUCCAGCCAGUAACAAUCCCUACUUUAGAGACCAGGCUCAAUUCCCAGUGCUUGUGACUUCUGACCUGGAUCAAUAUCUGAGACGGGAGGCCCUGUCUAUAUACGUUUUUGAUGAUGAAGACUCAGAAUCUGGCUCCUACCUUGGCAAAGUCCAAGUGCCCUUGCUGCCUCUUGCACAAAACAAAUCCAUUAAAGGUGAUUUUAACCUCACGGACCCUGCGAGAAAACCCAACGGAUCUGUUCAGGUACAGCUGGAUUGGAAGUCGUGCUAUCUACCUCCCGAGAGCUUCCCGAAACCAGACGCUCAGACGGAGGAGAACGGCGCCAACCACGGCUUAGAGAUCUCAUCUGAUGAGGAAAAGGCUUCCUUUCCUCCCCAGGUGGUAUCUGCUGAGAUUCCCAUCGAAGCUGGCCAGUAUCCAACUAAGAAAAAACCUCCUCAGGUGGGAGAAAGAAAGGAAAGGGAACACCAGGUUGCAAACUACUCAAGAAGAAAACAUGGCAAAAGAACAGGCAUCCAAGGAAAGAACAGAAUGGAAUAUCUUAGUCGUAACUUCUUAAGUGGAAAUACACUACAGCAGGUGAACUACACUGAAUGGAAAUUCUUAGGCUUUAACAUCUCCAUAGAUGAUUAUUUAAAGAAUCAGCAAAAGGAAGAGGAAAUGACAUCAUUCCCUUCAGCACUGAUACAAAAUGAAGCUCUCCAUCCUGUAAUUGAUAAGGAAUCCUGUGAAGGAGCUUCCGAGGUCAGUGAAGCACAGACCACAGACAGUGACGACAUCGUGACACCCGAACGGCAGAAAUGUCCGAAGGCAGAUUCAGAGAAGAUGUGCAUUGAAAUUGUCAGCCUGGCCUUCCACUCAGAAGCUGAAGUGAUGUCUGAUGAGAACAUAAAACAGGUGUAUGUGGAGUACAAGUUCUAUGAUCUACCCCUGUCAGAGACGGAAACGCCAGUGUCCCUGAGGAAACCGAGGGCAGGAGAAGAGAUCCACUUCCACUUCAGCAAGGUGAUAGACCUGGACCGCCUGGAGCAAAAAGGCCGAAGGCAAUUUCUGUUUGACAUGCUGAAUGGACAAGGUCCUGAGCAAGGACGUUUAAAGUUCACAGUGGUAAGUGAUCCUAUGGAUGAAGAAAAGAAUGAAUGUCAAGAAGUAGGAUAUGCAUAUCUGAAACUAUGGCAGAUCAUGGAAUCAGGAAGAGACAUUGUAGAGCAAAAGCUAGACAUUGUUAGCCCUACAGACCAGGCUACCCCAAUAGGAAGUCUGAAGGUGUCCCUUCAAGCUGUUGCUGCCUUCCAUGCUAUUUACAAGGAGAUGAUCGAAGAUUUGUUUUCGUGAUAGAACAAGUGCUAUUCCAUUCUAAUCUCUGUGAGGGAACCAUAGUAAAAAAGUCUCUUAUAAAGUAACUUGCUAAUCCAUAAA